AUGUCCACCCUGGAAGAGCCUCCCGUUGUCAAUGGCCCUACUGCUGAAGUAAAGGCGGAAGAGGAGCAAAAAGACCCUGCGGAUCUUGAGCGGGAGUUCCAGGAAAAGUCGAAGCAAUACCUUGUUGAGCAAACCAGUCAUGUGAUCAUCCCCCUGUUUGCUCAAUGGUUUGAUAUCAAUAAAGUUCACUCAAUUGAGGAAAAGCUGUUCCCUGACUUCUUUCUGGAAAAUGCCGUCAAGCUGCCUCACAAAACGCGUGAUGUUUAUGUGAACAUGCGUGACUUUAUCAUAAAUGUCUACCGUCUCAACCCGAAAGAGUAUUUGAGCAUCACAGCGGUACGGCGAAACCUCGCAGGCGAUGUGACCACUAUCAUCAGAGUACAUCAGUUCCUCGAAAAAUGGGGUCUCAUUAAUUACCAAAUUGACCCCCGAACCAAACCGCUGGUCGUCGGACCUCAAUACACUGGGCACUUUCAGAUAACCAUGGACACUCCCACUGGAUUGGUACCUAUGAUUCCCGGUGGUGAUUCGAAUAAGCGCGACAAAGCUGCAUCCAAGCCCGUCAAGCAUCAACCUCUCAACGUUGAGGUUCGGAAGAAUAUUUAUACGACUGACAGUCGCAAACAAUUUGCUCCCAACACAGUGGUGCAAUACUUCUGCAAUAUGUGUGGCAAAGACACCACCGAGGUUCGUUACCACAAUCUCAAAAUCAAAACUUACUCUCAUAAUCCUUCACUGACGGUGAACAACACACUGGUACUUUGUACUGUUUGCUUUGAUCAAGGACUUUUCCCCCAAAACUUCCAAACACUGGAUUUUGUUCAACUUAAGAAAAACCAAGAAGCAGGUGAUUGGACGGAGCAUGAAGUUUUGUUGUUAUUAGAAGGUAUUGACAUGUUUGCCACCUUUGAUGCUCCGCCAGUGAAUGGCAAUGUUCCUGGUUCAAUAACGAAUCACACUCAGCAAUGGGAAAAGAUUGCUGAACAUGUGGGUACAAAGAGCCGUGAACAAUGUGUCUUGAAGUUCAUUCAAUUGCCCAUUGAAGACAAGUACUUGAACAAAUUGGUUCAUGAGGAUGAAGAAACGCUGUCACCACAAACUCCCCAAGUCGACGAAACUGUAAUCCAAAAAGUGGUGAGACUGUUACUUGAAUCAAAUGAAGGAAAAUCGAUGCUCAAGGAAAACUCGGAACAACUCAAGAAGAAUGCUGAAGAUGAUCAGCUGCAACUUGUUCAGCAGAUUGCUGAAUUGAUGGUGGAAAAGGUUGAUCUUAAAUUGCAAAAAAUCGACGCGUUGCAACUGUUAGUGAUGCGUGUCGAAAAUCAAUUGAAUAUGGAACGCAAACAAGUUUUGAUUGAAAGAUGGGCUCAAUUCGAAAAGGUUGAAAAGCUCAAGCAACAGCGACCAGAUUUGGCUCUGGUUCUUGACGAUUUGAUGGCGCCGGUCAAAAUUACUGAAAUCAACAAAGCCUUACAUCCUGUUCGUCUGGACGAUGUUCUGGAGUCAGCAAUGGACCUAGAUGCUACGCCUGACGAAGAAAAGGAGAAAUUGCCAGUUAGCGUUGUUUCUCCGAAAACGUACCAAUAUUGGAGCGGGUAA